GGGCUGCCUUUCAGUGUCACCUAUCAGUGCCAGUCAGUGCCACCUAUCAAUGCCUAUCAGUGUCAGUCAGUGCCGCCUAUCAGUGCCAGUCAGUGCCUCCUAUCUGUGCCAGUCAGUGCCACCUAUCAGUUCCCAUCAGUGCUGCCUAUCAGUGCCGCCUAACAGUGCCAGUCAGUGCUGCCUAUCAGAGUCAGUCAGUGCCGCCUAUCAGUGCUGCCUCAGUGCAUCCUCAUCAGUGCCCAUCAGUGCAGCCUAUCAGUGCCCAUCACUGCAG